GAAAGGCAGAAAUUUUAACCCCUUGGGGAAAGAUUUUUUUUUCUUUUUAUGACCCUUUUUAUUAGAGUGGAGUUGGGACGACUGAAUGGAGCCAAGCGAGCAUUUACUGGCUUACUUCCUGACACCUACACAGAGUUCACAGCAGAUAUUUUCUUCACGGCCUGAGAGAAACGUCUGUCACUGCCUAGGAUUGAACUCUCAACCUCCUGAGUGUGAGUGCCAGCUCUAUCUACCCCGAUGAUACCUCCAACACCAGGAUUGUCUCUCAGACUGGCAGGCACGUACAACUAUUGUGAGGGACGUGUGGAAGUGUAUUAUGAAGGAGCCUGGGGAACUGUCUGUGGCAACAACUGGGAUAUGAAAGAUGCUCAGGUCGUUUGCCAACAGCUAGGAUGUGGGGACGCUGUAGCAACCCUACCCUGGCCUAAGUUUGGCUCAGGCUCCGGCGAAAUUGUCCUAAGUGACGUCCAAUGCAAUGGAGAUGAAUUCUUUCUGUGGAGUUGUAAGAACCCUGGGUGGGGUGUGCAUAACUGCAAUCAUCAACAAGAUGCUACAGUUCUCUGCACAGGUGAAAAGUAUAAACCAGGUAAGUCUUCUCUUUCAUGCUUAUGAAUAUUUGUCUAUAUUCUUGCAUAAUAAUAAUGUACCAAACUAUGGAGCAUCUUAUCAAAGCUGGUAUCUUCCAAUUUUGGGGGAUUUCAUCACUACUAGUGGGAAAUAGGUUGCAAAGGGCUACUUUGGGAAUAUUUUUUACAUUAAAUGUCUUCAUAAUAAUAGUAUUACUGAUUCACAGUAUGGAGUUUGGUAUUAAUUUUUGAAUGCUUGUGAUUUUGCAUGUUCAAUAGAAAUAAGACCACUAUAAAUUUUAUAAUUAUAGUUUUUAGGGAAGA